UAAAGAACAACAACUAGUGUGCCAGACAAAAAAAAAAGAAGAGCAGAGCAGAGCUACUAAAGCGAAAACUUACCAUUAGACAGAUAGAACAGACUCGACAAGUUGCAAUAUGUUUGCCCACAAAUUAGUGCUGCUAGGCACAACAUUGCUAUUGCUGAGCAGCGCAGUCCAAUCACAAAGUUCAAUUAGUUUGAAGGAUGCCAAUUUACAGGAGGCACAAAAAGCUCCGGAGACCACCUCAGAAGUGCCGCUGACAUCGAGCAGCAGCACCUCCACCUCCACCUCCACAACAACAACAACCACUACAGCAGCACCAACAACUUCGACGACCACUGUAAAGCCAAGCACCAGCUCUAGCUCCACAUCGACGACAACGACGACCAGUACUAGCACCAGCACCAGCACCAGCACUGAACCACCAAAGACAACCACUACACCUGCGCCAGUGCCAACCACGACCCAUGCCCCACAACCAUAUCCCGCACCCAGCGUGGGCACAUGGAAUGCAACCUGCAUUCUGCUCACCAUGGCCGCCCAACUGAACUUUACCUAUGAGACCAAGGAUGGAAAGAUGGCGCAUGGUCUGUUCAACAUACCACCCAAUGCCACCAUUGGGGAUAGUGUGUGCGAAAGCCAGACCAUUCAAUCCAUUCAAUUGAGCUGGGGACCGGUAACCUCUGUGCAAUCGAUGGUGAUGCAGUUUGACAACAAGAAUGCAACUACUGUAUUGUCGAGCAUCCAAAUCCAUUUUUUUGUUAUGAGCGAGGACUACCCCGAUGCCAAGGAGAACCAAACUCUUCAGCUUAUUCAUCGCGGCAGUGAGGAAUUCAAGACGCCCGAGAAGAUGUCUUACCAUUGCACACGCCCUCAGAAGUUUAACUUGACCGAGACCGUGGAUUUGAAGCCAGAGAUUGGAUGGCUCAGCGUUAGCAAUGUCCAGGCGGAGGCUUUCCGUGGGGCCAAUGCCAGCGGAUUCUCCACCGUCCACGAUUGUGAUAGCUCGGAGACCUCAGAUGUGGUGCCCAUUGCUGUUGGCAUUGCCCUGGCCGCCUUAAUUCUGGUCGUUCUCAUCUCGUAUCUGUGCGUACGCCGUCGAUCCAUCUCGCGCGGCUACAUGAGCUUCUAAGGAGAAGUAGUACCCCAGCAAAUAUGGCAGGUUGGAAUGGGAUUGAAGCAGAGAUCGAAAGGGAGAAAGAGAGAGAUAGGAAAGCGUUUGGUGUGUUUGAAUUCAGAGAGAAAAUUAAGAUUGAUUUUGAUAAUUGGAAGCCGUCUGUGAGAAUGUGAGGAAUGAUCAAUUUCUUGUUUCGUGAAAAGUUCAGUUCAGUUUGUUUUGUUUUUGUCUAAAUCGUAGAACGCGCUCAAACGAGAAAGGAAUAGAAAAGUGGAAUAUGAGGGGGAAAUGUAAAAGAAUUCAAUCUGAAGAAGCUCUGUGUAUCUGUGUCUAUAACUGUUCCCAUGUAAUGUGUAUUCAUAAAAUGGUAUUCUCCGCCUCCGUCUGUCGAAUCGAAAACCCACUUUCAUUUAUAAAGUCCCCCCCCGAAAUUUUAAACUUACAAUAGAAGCACCCAACAACACACACGUUUUACUCAAUAAAUCACGUAAAUUUAA